AUGAGGCAUAGCCUGACUAAACUGCUGGCGGCCUCGGGCAGCGACUCCCCGACGCGUAGUGAGAGCCCGGCGCCCGUCGCGACCUGCUCGCUGCCCUCGGACCUGACCGGGGCGGCGGAGGACGAGGGGACGGCGGCGGCCGGAUCGCCCGGCCGCAGACAGCCGCGCGGCGACGAGGGCGAGUCGGAGGCCGGGAGGGGGGGCCGCGGCGGCGUGGCCGCGCGCGCGCCCUCGCCUGAGGAGAUGGAGGAGGAGGCGAUGGCCAGCGUCCCCGGGGAGGAGACGGAGGACAUGGACUUUCUGUCCGGCCUGGAACUGGCGGACCUGCUGGACCCCCGGCAGCCGGACUGGCACCUGGAGCCCGGGCUCAGCUCGCCGGGGCCCCUCUCCUCGUCCGGCGGAGGAUCGGACAGCGGUGGCUUGUGGAGAGGCGACGACGACGACGAGGCCGCGGCUGCCGAGAUGCAGCGCUUUUCGGACCUGCUGCAGAGGCUGUUAAACGGCAUCGGAGCUUGCAGCAGCGGCAGUGACAGUGGCGGCGGCGAAAAGAGGAGGAGAAAGUCCCCAGGAGGCGGCGGCGGCGUCGGCGGCAGCGGCGGCGGCAACGACAGCAACCAGGCGGCGACAAAGAGUCCCCGGAAGGCGGCGGCGGCGGCUGCCCGCCUCAACCGGCUGAAGAAGAAGGAAUACGUGAUGGGGCUGGAGAGCCGAGUGCGGGGGCUGGCCGCCGAGAACCAGGAGCUGCGGGCCGAGAACCGGGAGCUGGGCAAGCGCGUGCAGGCUCUGCAGGAGGAGAGUCGCUACCUUCGGGCCGUCUUAGCCAACGAGACCGGACUGGCUCGCCUGCUGAGCCGGCUGAGCGGCGUGGGACUGCGGCUGACCACCUCGCUCUUCAGGGACUCGCCCGCCGGGGACCACGACUACGCUCUGCCCGUGGGGAAGCAGCAGCCGGACCCGCUGGAAGACCAGGACGACUCGGCCGGAGGAGUGUGUCUGCAUGUGGACAAGGAUAAGGUGUCGGUGGAGUUCUGCUCGGCGUGCGCCCGGAAGGCGUCGUCUUCUCUUAAAAUUUUCUUUUUUAGGUGA